AUGACUCAAGUUGAUUUGGAAUCACUAGUUUCCACCAAUUCCGGCGGAAGUAAUGACCGGAAAAUUGUAUGUGAAACUCUAGCGAAAGCCGCCGGCGUCAAACCGGAGAAAAAUGAUAUUCCAGACGACGAAAAGGAACUUCCGCCGGAUUUCCCGCCGGAGUCAUUCUGCCUUUCGAAAGAUGCUGAACUCGAUUGGUUUGAUAGAAACGCUGUUCUGGAGCGUAAGGAAUCAGCAAAAGGUAACAGUUCACACGGAACGAAUGUGACUUCAAAUUUGCAUCCAAAUUUGAAUUCAAACUCACAACGAAUUCCAUUGACUUUGAAAACUAAAACUACUUUCUUCGGUUUACCGAAGAAUAGUUCCGUUGAUUCAAAGAGGAAAACAUGUAAACCGGCGAAUAUACGUUUUUUUCCGACGAAACGAUCUGAAUCGGCAUUGAAAGCGGUUUCCGCUCCUGAACCGGUAUCGCCGAAGGUAUCAUGUAUGGGAAGAGUGAGAUCGAAGAAAGGUCGCAGGCGAUCAUGUGAAGCAUCACAAAAAUGUGAAAUAUCACUCCAGAGAUCAAAAAGCAGCAGAACACCUAAACGGAAAAUCGGAUUCUAUACACGAGUGCUUUCAAUGUUCGGAUUCAGUCGGAGUAACAUCAAACCGGUGAAGGAUAGUAUCGAGAGAACGCAUGAUUCCAUACCGGAAGAGCCAGUUCCGCCGAGAAAGAGCAACGCUGUGGUAAUCGAAAAGGUUCGUAAAGUUCCGGUGAGUUUUGAACCGGUUUCGGUUUCCGAUUCAAGCGGUUUAGGAGGGAUGAUGAGGUUCACGUCGGGCCGGAGAUCGGAAUCCUGGGCCGCCGAUGAGAUCGAUGCAGUGCUUUCAGAGUUGGGUACAGAUCGAAAAGUGGGUCCCAAUAUAAGAAAUUGA